UCCCACGUGUGGCCACAGGCAGAGCACGAGGACCGGAACCCCCAAAAUGAAAGUGGAUCGGACGAAACUGAAGAAAACCCCCACGGAGGCGCCCGCCGACUGCCGGGCCCUCAUCGAGAAGCUGAAGGCGUGCAGUGACGAGCAGCUGGUGACAGAACUGCAGCAGAUCAAGACAUGGAACAUUGGCAAGUGCGAGCUGUACCACUGGGUGGACCUGCUGGACCGUUUCGACGCUCUGCUGGCCGAGGCGGGCCGGCCGGUGGAAGCCAUGAGCUGGAUGCUGGCCUGCGACCGACCCGAGAGACAAAACCUGAAGGCUCUGCUGCUGGCCCUGCUCAACUUCACCGCCCUGCUCAUCGAGUACAGCUUCUCCCGUCACCUCUACAGCUCCAUCGAGCACCUGACCACGUUGUUGGCCUCCUCGGACAUGCACGUGGUGCUGGCCGUGCUCAACCUGCUCUACGUGUUCAGCAAACGUUCCAACUACAUCACCCGCCUGGGCUCGGAGCGCCGAGGGCCCCUGCUGGCCCGCCUGCAGCACCUGGCCGAGAGCUGGGGUGGAAAGGAGAAUGGAUUCGGGCUGGCUGAGUGCUGCCGGGACCUGCACAUGAUGGUGAGUGCUACCUGGGGCUCACCUGGCUGUGUCCUCCUGGGGGGUGACACAGCUCACCUGUGUCACCCUGGGGGUCCCCAGAGUUCACCUGUGUCACCCUGGGGGUCACCAGAGCUCACCUGUGUCACCUGG